UUUUUUUUACAAGGUGGUAAAUGCCUGGAAUGCAUUGCCGGUGGUAGAUGAUUCCUGGGAGCUGGGUUCUUCUGGAAGAGGUUUUUCUAGAGCUCUAGGAGUUCGGAGAUUUGCAAACUGAAGCACACGUGUGUCGGAUGAGUAAGACGUCGGCAUGCCUCGGAUCCCGCUGCAAUCCCGGGCAAAGCUUUGAUCGGGCAGCGACGAAAGUCGCUGUGCGUUACCGGCCGGGAAGUACCGCUCCCACGGUGCCAAGCCGGUUACCAGACUGGAAAGCCGCAGGCCAUGGCUCGCGUCCUCAUCGUCGGGGCCGGACUAACGGGCAGCCUGUGCGCGACCCUCCUGCGAAGAGAAAGGCUGCAAGUUGUGGUCUGGGAGAAGGCGAAAGGUGCAGGAGGAAGAAUGUGCACAAGCAGGAAUCCCCACAAUCCGAACUGUACGGCUGACCUAGGAGCACAGUACAUUACGGUGACCCCAUACUAUGCAGAAAAGCAUCAAAGUUUUUAUGGAGAGUUGCUGUCACGUGGCAUUUUAAAACCUCUGCUCAGUCGUGUGGAAGGAAUGACAAUAAAAGAAGGAAUCCGUAACUAUGUGGCCCCACACGGGAUCUCUUCUAUUGUCAAAUAUUAUCUCAGUGACUCAGUGUUGUACAAUCAUCAUGUUACCCACAUUAACCUCAAAGGAGGAAAACUGGAAGUCUGCCACAAAUUUGGUCCUUCAGAAGUAUUUGAUGCAGUUGUCUUGACAAUACCUGCUCCACAAAUUCUUCAGCUACAAGGAGAUAUGAAGUCCUAUAGACUUUUGCACUCCAGUGGGAAUUCAGAGCAACAUAUGCAAAAUGCUGGAGGAACUCAGCAGGUCACCCAGCAUCUUAAGAAGUUGUUCACACAGAGAAUUAAAGAAAACUUCCACUGCAUGCCCAAAGUUAUAAAUGAAUCACAAAGGCAAAAACUGGAAGCUGUGAGAUAUUCCACUCGAUUUGCUCUGGCCCUUUUCUAUGAAGCAGGCACUCAGAUUGAUGUCCCCUGGGCAGCAAAGUAUAUCAUCAAUAAUCCCUGCAUACGUUUUGUUUCCAUCGAUAAUAAGAAACGCUGUUCAGAGGCACCUGAAGUCGGACCUUCGGUGGUUGUUCACACCACUGUUCAAUUUGGAGCUGAAAGUGUGCAUAAAAGUAAAGAAGACGUGGAGCCUCUGAUCCUUGAUCAGCUGCAGCAGAUCCUGCCAGGACUGCCCAAGUCUAUCAGUACCAAAUGUCACAAGUGGAGGUAUUCACAGGUCACUGAUGCUGUCUCAAUCAUUCCAGGGCAAAUGACUCUCAACACUCAGCCUCUUCUUAUAUGCGGGGGAGAUAGCUUCACACACUCAAACUUCGAUGGCUGCACAGAAUCAGCCUUAGCAGUCUCAAGUGUAUUGAAAUGUCAUUUAUAAAAUUCUUCCUCUUGUACCCGAAUGUUUUGCAUUGCCUCUGAACCCCUCACUCUGCUCUUAAUCUCUGGAUGAAUUGAAAAGCCUUCCAAUGAAUUUAGCGUGAAGGUAAUAAGAUCAUAAGACAUAGGAGCAGAAUUAGGCCAUCUGGCCCAUCGAGUCUGCUCCGCCAUUCAAUCAUGGCUGAUCCUUUUCUCUAUCUCCUCCUCAACCCCAGUUCCCGGCCUUCUCUCCGUAACCUUUGAUGCCAUGUCCAAUCAAGAACCUAUGUUUGCAUUUGAGCUAAAAUAUAUUGGAAGCAUGUGUUACACAUUUGACGUGUGAUCUAGGGACACUCUUCAAAGUACGCUAAAAAAAUACUGACUACCAGUGGCAGUAUUCCAAGGCAAAAAAGGCAGAAUGAUUUACAGUGACUAGUGCUAUUAAUUAGAACUUCAGAACAUGCAACUUCCAGCCAAUUUUCACACUCUAUAUUCAUGUAUUGUAACUUCUUUUGCUCUAAACUGCAAAUUGAAGCAAUUGCAGUUCUCACAACGAGGAAAUGUACUUUAAGAUUUUCUUCAGAUUUUGUUUAAUUUCUGAAAGAGAAAGUAUCCAGUGCAUGACUAAUUAAGCAAAGAACAACGAUAUCACUGUCGGGUGGGUGGAGAUAGUUAUUUUCACCAUGGUACUCAUUUACUAAACUCAGCUGGCAUUUGGAACUUGCCCUCUCUCACUGAGCCCAGCGGGGAGUUGUGCAGGUUGCACCAUCUCAGGGGAGUGAAACUGCUGGCAAAGCAAAGCCGGCCUUCCAAAUCUGCAUCUUCUUCCCCACACCCCCGACUCCAUCGCCCAAACCCCUGGCAGUCCUUGAUGUAGAAGCAGGGGGCCUCUAGUGAGCAUUGUAUGGCCAUCAUCAACUCAGACGGUUAAAGGCAGAAAUGGAUCUGGUAAUUUUAUAUUUGUGCGUUUCAGAUCUGUGUUUCUCCCUUGUAUAAGCUCUCGGUCCACAUCACACAUGCCACUGGUGUUCCUGGAAAUAAGAGUUAAAAUAUUUGCCUGUUUCCCAUCUGUUUUAUUCUCCCUUGUCUCUUUUCUGCCUCUUUUUCUUCAUCUACUUUUCCUCCCUUUUCUGUUCUCUUCACUCUCACUCUUUUGCCUUUCCUUGCCUGUUUUCCUUCCUGUGCAGAUUUCCCUUGCCUGGCCAGCUUUUCCCCUCUUUCUGGUUUCCUCCUUUCUUCAAUGCCUUCAGGACUCUCUCUGCCAGGUGUUACUUGAGCUGAUCUUGCCAAGCUUUUAAGACUAUCUUGCGCACAAAAGAAACUGUAAUGGAAAAUCAAAUGACUAGAAUCAAUUACAGUCACCCAAACCCGUGCUCUCCUCUGCUGACAGAUCCAUAUUGUCCUCACUACACUGACCUUUUGCGUUAGAAAGAAAAAUUUUGGUUCAAUGUGAUGCAGUACUUUUAAUUGGAAAACAGUAUUUUAUACACAUUGUGUGAAGGAUAUUCAACACGGGUUGAUUUUGCAACCAUAUAUUUGGUUUUAGGGCAUCCAUUGGCAUUUAAGCAACCAAAAGACCGCAAUUGUAAAGUCAAUAAGGCUGCUUCACAUCACUCUUCAGUGAUCUCUGCAAGGAAAUGAAGCAAAUGUUGAAAUCUGCUGGGCAUUCUGCAUCCCCAAAGACAGCAGGUUUUAUCUGGCACAUUCUGUUAGAAUCCUGCUGAGACCUAGUGUUUGAAUUCCUCAGUGCAGCCCUUGCCAGCAAUGUAAAUAGUUGUAGAUAUGCAAUGUCAUUCACAGUAGGGUAAAACUUCAGUUGAGUAAUUGGUCACUGCUGGCCAAACAAACUUGCCUUCUUUUUUAAAAAAAAACUUUCUGUGAAAACAAGGCUCAUGAUUGUUUCCUGUGCAACUUUCUGAUAACUGUGUGUAAUCAUUCAAAAUAACUGAAGGUAUAUUUGAAUAGCUAACAAAAAUACUGCUCUCCCUUAUGCUUUUCAUUCAUUCUUUGUUCUUUCCUUUCUCCACUUUCCUCUUACAAUCUAGUCCUCACAUUCUCCUUUGGUCUUUUUUACUCCAAUUCUCUUUUGCUAUUUUUCUUCUGUUUUACCUCAGUUAGUUUUUAAACAAAUGUCUCAGUUUUCCCACUAAUCAUACUGUAGAUGAUCCUAGACUCCCCCACUACAGAAAACAUCCUCUCCAUGUCAACCCUAUCUCUGCCUUUCAAUAUUCGAUAGGGUACAAUGAGAUCUCCCCAUCAGCUUCUAAGCUCCAGUGAGUACAGGCCCAGAGCCAACUAAUGCUCCUCAUAUGUUAACUUUCAUUCCCAAGAUCUCCUCUGGACCCUCUCCAAAGCCAGCACCCCUCCUCCCCUUUGUACCCCAUCCCUUAUUUAUUUAUUUAUCAUUACUAUUUUCCCCCUUUUUUUCUCUCUCUCUUUUUUCUCCCUCUGUCCCUCUCACUAUAACUCCCUGCCUAUUCUCCAUCCUCUGGGCUUCCCCCCUCCCCCUUUCUUUCUACCCAGGCUUCCCGUCCCACGAUCCUCUCCCUUCUCCAGCCUUAUCCCUUUUGCCAAUGAACUUUCCAGCUCUUGGCUCCAUCCCUCCCCCUCCUGUCUUCUCCUAUCAUUUUGGAUCUCCCCCUCCCCCUCCCACUUUCAAAUCUCUUACUAGGUCUUCUUUCAGUUAGUCCUGAUGAAGAGUCUCAGCCCUUCCUAGAGAACUUCUUCCUAGAGAUGCUGCCUGGCCUGCUGCGUUCCAGCAGCAUUUUGUGUGUGUUGCUUGAAUUUCCGGCAUCUGCAGAUUUCCUCGUGUUUACACCUUUUCAAGUUCAGAUUCACUACUUUGUUUACUUCUUUAAGUAAGUCAGCAUCCUAAUAAUGAACUAACAGCGAAAGAACUAGCUUGAGUUGGGUUACAUUUCUGCAUACAGUUUCUAUAGCGUAAAUAGUAAUGCUGGGCGUCAUCAUGAAGAAGGCAUCAAUAAAAGAUUAAAGUAUUAGCUUUAUUUGUCACAUGCACAUGUGGAACCAUACAGUAAAAUGUGUCAUUCUGUGUCAAUGACAACACUGUCCAUCUGAAGAUUGUGCUGGGGGGAGCCCACAGUUGCUCCCGCACUUCCAGAGCCAAAACAGUAUGCCCGCAAUUCACUAAUCCUAACCCUAACCCAUAUGUCUUUGAAAUGAGGAGUGAAACUGAAACACGGCCAUAACCCAUGUGGUCACAGGGAGAAUAUACAAGCUUCUUACACUUAGCAGCAGGAAUCAAACUCUGAUUGGUGACCGCUGGCACCAUAAAGCGAUCACAGCAGCUAUCACUGCCACCCUUCUCCAACUAUAUGCGGUGUUUGCACAAUUCCAAGUGGUUUUCUCCCAUUUAAAAAGGCAGAAUUCUUGGUAGGUUCAUUUACCACUGUUGCCCCUUAUUGCCCCAAUAUGUAAUAUUUCAUUAUGUGGGUGGGGGGGGAGACUUUACAAUUGCGGUCAAUUUUGGUUGCUUAAAAGCCAAUGAACGCUCUAAAACCAGGUAUAUGGUUGUAAAGUCAGCAAGUCAAAAGAUGUGGUCUCCAAACCAGUGGGUGACGUGUUUAGACAGCAGAGUCACAUUGUUGUGCUGGUUGAACAGACAUUAGUCAAGAAAAGCCUUGGAAAGCUGGGUUAUACCUAUAGCAUCUCUGAAGUGAAAAGGUACAAUGAAUCGUUUGCCUCUCACCACUGAGGUAGUUGGGUGUAAUUGACCUUCAUCCCACUUGUCACAUAUUAUCAUUAUUCCCACUCCCCAAGGCCUUCCACCCCCAAAUACACAUACACACAGGCAUAGACGCAGUAAGCUAUGUAUUUCCUUGUGAUACAGUGUGGCUAACAACACCCUCGCCCAAGACGGUCAACCACGAUCCUUCAUCAAACACUCAGUGUUACCUCAUCCUCUCGGAGUCAAGCUGAGUCGGAUGGAGUUUACUUUCAUACGCACAAGUACGUGUAUGCUCGGGUGCAAUUAAAAAUUUACUCGCAGCAGCAUCACAGGCACAAAGAGCAGCAUUCACAAGAAAAUAUAAAUAUAUACUAUACAGAAUUUUUACAAGAAAAGAUACCAUUAGAACAGAAAAGAUUAAAAUCAACUGUAGUGCAAAGUAAUCAUAAUAUCGCUAAACUGUUCCUGUUCUUGAGCUGGUGGUGUAGGACUUCAGGCUUCUGUACCUUCUGCCGAAUGGUAGCUGUGAAAAGGUGGUAUGGCUAAGAUGGUGGUUUAAUGAUUUAAUGCUAGACGUUGCCUUCUUGAAGCAGCGCCUCGUGCAGGUACUACCAGUGGUGGAGAUGGAUGUGCCCAAGAUGUACUGGCAGAGUCCACUCGUUCGUUCAUUAUGUGCCAUGUCGUAUAAUGUGAGUGAUCACGGUCUUUCCUUGACCAUAAAUGUUCUUGGCAAAUUUUUCUACAGAAGUGGGUUUGCCAUUGCCUUCUUCUGGGCAGUGUCUUUACAAGAUGGGUGGCCCCAGCCAUUUGAAAUGCUCUUGAGACAUUGGCAUCAGUGGUCACAUAACCAAGACUUGUGAUAUGCACCAGCUGCUCAUACGACCAUCCACCACCUGCUCCCCCCGGCUUCACGUGACUCUGAUCGGGGGUACUAAGCAGGUGCUACACAUUGCCCAAGGGUGACCUGGAGGCUAGCAGAGGAAAGGAGCACCUUAUUCCUCCAUUGGUAGAGACAUAUCCUCACCCUGCCAACCAAAGAGUCCACUACCCUCUGCAAUUCCUUAAGUUCCUGUGCAUACGACUUAUCAUACCAGACCAUGAUGCGACCAGUCAGGAUACUUUCAAUGGUGCAUCUGUAGAAGUUUGUUAGUUUUCAGUGACAAGUAGAACUUCCUUAGCCUCAUAACUAAUUAGUCAUAGUCAUAGUCAUAGCCAUACUACAUUGAUCCCAAGGGGAAAUAGGUUUUCGUUACAGUUGCAUCAUAAAUAAUAUAUAGUCAUAGAACCAUAAAUAGUUAAAUAGUAAUAUGUAAAUUAUGCCAGUAAAUUAUGAAAUAAGUCCAGGACCAGCCUAUCGGCACAGGGUGUCUGACCCUCCAAGGGAGGAGUUGUAAAGUUUGAUGGCCGCAGGCAGGAAUGACAUCCUAUGACGCUCUGUGCUGCAUCUUGGAGGAAUGAGUCUUAAACAUAGUGAAGGAACAGUUACUGGAGAAUGCUACAGAUAGUGAAACAUGUAACACAUUGCAAUGACCUGCAGUUCACGUGCAAUCUCUUCAGAGUGAAGGUAACAUUCACAGCUCACUAGAGACCCUGGGCCAAUUCCAAGAGUUUUCAGGCAUGAGCAUACUGUGAGAAAAUGCAGAUAUUUCUCCGUACCCCAUGAGUGGGCCCCUACGUGGCUGAUAGCGUAUUGGACUAGGGCCUAGGACAGCAGCAGAGAAUGCAUCUCUGUUGAGGUGACUAUGAAGCCCUUUUUGAAGAACUUGACAAUGAAUUAGUGUCUGUGCAGUUUUAUAUAGAUUAUAUAGAUAGUUUUACAAAAAGAUGCUGACCAGAUUACAGAUGAGGUACAGGGAGAACUGGGCCAAUAGUUCUAUUUAACCCAGUCCAUUUUUUACAUUACAGUGACUAUUAAAAAGAUCUGAUAUAUCAAGAUAAUCAAGAACCUAACAACCCUUCGUUUUAAAUAUACACAAUUUUUUCUAGUUCUUUUUUGAUUUUUCGUACAGUAGUUCUGUCCACCAGUCCAAAUAUCUGUGUUGCUUUCCUGAUCUCCUACAGAAACAUCUGACUGCCAUCUAGAUGAAGGGUCUUGACCCGUAAUGUUAAGUGUCCACGUCCCUCCCUACUGCUGCCUGACCUGCUGAGUUCUUCCAGCACCUUUUUGUGUUGCUGCAGAUUUCCGGCAUCUGCAAUCCACCAUGUCUCCAUGUUCUAAUGGACUUUCCUUAUUGACAAGGACAAUGGCCCCCCCAGGAUGAUAAGGAUGGAGGAAGCUGUAAACAAUGGACUCUGUGGGGGCUGAAUAUAGAACAGUACAGCACAGUACAGGCUAUUUGGCCCACAAUAACAUGUCAACCUUUUAACAUACUCUGAAAUCAAUCUAACCAAUCCUCCCUCACACAGAGCCAUUUUUCUAUCAUUUAUGUGCCUACCCAAGAGUUUCUUAAAUGCUCCUCAUAUAUCUGCCUCUAGUAUUACACCUAGCAGGGUGUUCCACAUACCCACCACUCUCUGUGUAAAAAAAAUUUACCUCUGACAUCCCCCCUAUACUUUUCUCCAAUCACUUUAAAAUUAUGUCUCAUGGUAUUAUCCAUUUCUGCCCUGAGAAAAAGUCUCUGGCUAUCCACUUGAUUUACCCCUCUUAUCAUCUUAUACAUUUCUAUCUAAUUGCCUCUCAUCUUCCUUCUCGUUCCUAGCUCAUUCAACCUACAUAAGACAUGUUUCAUUAGGUCUCAGCCCAAAAAAUCCACUGUUUACUCCUCUCCAUGGAUGCUUCCUGACCUGCUGAGUUCCUCCAGCUUGUGUGUGUUUUCUAUGGAUUUCCAGCAUCUGCAGAAUCUCUUGUGCUUCUGAUCUGUGGGAUUUGGUGUGAUCCCGUCCACUGUAAGCACCCCCCCCCCGCCCCACACACUCAUCCUCAACAAGACCCACCUGCAACCUGCAUCUUCUUGUUGGAGUACAAUGGUGGCAGGCAGGAUCCGAAAGGAGAUUCCUGGAUUCAUACAGUGAGAACUCAGUAAACAACUGUGAUUGGAAUUGGAAGCUUCUUUUACUGCAGGAGCAGUUUAUUUGACCACCCACCCUACCCAGUGAGUAGAGUCACUGCAAUUGUCCUGUACACAUUUGGGUCUGGAUUCUGUUGAAUGGCCUCCAUGGUCAGCAGGCACAGGUAGGAAAUGGUUAAUUUACCCAUAGGAUCUUAUGAAAGAAGAAGAAAAAGAAAUCACCUUCAAGAGAAAGUUAAUCAAACAAAUCUAGAAAUAAAAUAUUAACUGACAUCAAGUAAUUAUCUUAUAAAUUGGUUUAAAAUCUAUUGUGCAGCUGAUCCAAUUAGACUUGCAAAACUAACCUUGCGCUUCAAAACCAAGAGCAAAAUGUCACUGAAUAAAUAUGGCAUGUGUGUUGAAUAGUGGUUAAUCCAAUUCUCAGCAGAGUCUAAGAGUUGCAUGGGGCUCCUCAUUUCCUUCCAAUACAAUUUGCCAUUUCAAAAUAAUUAUGAGGGGUUUCAUUGAAUAAUCUUCUGCCACUCUAAAGAAAACAACCCAAGUUUGUUCAACCUUUCUUUAAAGCCCAUGUCCCCUAAUCCAGGUAGCAUCCUGGUAAACCUCUUCUGCACCCACUCCAAAGCCUUGACGUCUUUCUGUAUAAUGGAGCACCCAGCACUAUAUGCAGCACUCCUGGGGCCUAACUAGAGUUUCAUAAAGCUGCAAUAUAGCAUCCUGACUUCUGAACUCAGUGCCUCAACUAAUAAAGACGAGCAUGCCAUUGCCUUAGUAUCCACCCUAUCAACCUGUGUAGCAAUGUUUGGGAACUAUAAACUUGGACUCCAAGAUCCCUCUGCAUAUAUUAAGGUAUAUAUACCUGUAUGUCACUGUAUACAACCCUGAGAUUCAUUUUCCUGUGAGCAUUCUCAGCAAAUCUAUAUAACAGGAUCAUAGAAACUUCAACCAGAGUGCAGAAGACAACAAACCAUGCAAAUACAAAAUGUAAGAGUCAUUAGUCUGUAGCUUCCAGGAUUUCCCCGGUUCCCUUCUUGAAUACUGGAACAACAUCAGCUAAUCGCUGAUUACCUGGACUAUGAAAACUCACACUCGUGCCCCAAUCACAGUUUCUUUAUCUGUGCACAAGGAAAACAGCAUGGCCCCUGUCACCAGACUGAUCUGAAGCCUGAAGACAAUAGACAGUAGGUGCAGGAGGAGGCCAUUCGGCCCUUUGAGCCAGCACCACCAUUCACUGUGAUCAUGGCUGAUCAUCCACAAUCAGUACCCUUUUCCUGCCUUCUCCCCAUAUCCCUUCACUCCGCUAUCUUUUAAGAGCUCUAUCUACCUCUUUUUUGAAAGAGUCCAGAGAAUUGGCCUCCACUGCCUUCUGAGGCAGAGCAUUCCACAGAACCACAACCCUCUGUGUGAAAAAGUUUUUUCUCAACUCCGUUCUAAAUUAUCUACCCCUUAUUCUUAACCUGUGGCCUCUGGUUUUGGACUCCCCCCAAUAUCAGGAACAUGUUUCCUGCCUCUAGCAUGUCCAAUCCCUUAAUAAUCUUAUAUGUUUCAAUCAGAUCCCCUCUCAUCCCUCUAAAUUCCAGUGUAUACAACCCCAGUCACUCCAAUCUUUCAACAUAUGACAGUCCCGCCAUCCCAGGAAUUAACCUCGUGAACCCACAUGGCACUCCCUCAAUAGCUAGAAUGUCCUUCCUCAAAUUUAGAGACCAAAACUGUACACAAUAUUCCAGAUGUGGUCUCACCAGGGCCCUGUACAACUGCAGAAGGACCUCUUUGCUCCUAUACUCAAUUCCCCUUGUUAUGAAGGCCAGCAUGCCAUUAGCUUUCUUCACUGCCUGCUGUACCCGCAAGCUUACUUUCAGUGACUGAUGAACAAGGACACCUCGAUCUUGUACUUCCCCUUUUCCUAACUUGACACCAUUCAGAUAGUAAUCUGCCUUCCUGCUCUUGCCACCAAAGUGGAUAACCUCACAUUUAAGAGAGUAAUGACUAGCAGAAUUGGCCAGUAGUUACAGAUAUUGACCACUUGGUAAACUGCGUAUGUUCAGAUUGCUUAUUUGCAAGAUCAAUCAUUGUUCACAACACAGGUAUUAAAAGUCAAUAGAAUCUACUGACGAUACUUUGAAGGUAGAAAAGUCCCUUAGUUGGUUUGUGUGGGUUGCAUGCUCCUGUAUGUUAAACGUCUCCAGUCCCCUGCUGUGCAAAGGGAAGCUAUGCUCUUCAAAAAUCUUUCUUAAAACACCUUCUUGCCUGGACAUUAUCUUAACCCCUGCCUUGCUGCAUCUUCCACACUGGGGCCAAUUGUCUUCCUCCUGUCCCAGGAUUGGCUUAGGCAGGCAAAUUAACUGGAGACAAAGCCAGGAACCAUUCUUGUUUGUUUUUUCAACUGUGCCCGGGUAGAUUUCAUUCAGCAUCAAGAGAAACACUGGCACAGCUAAAAAAGGGCAUUUUUUUUAAAUAUUGGAAACAAACAGGACACGUGAUGUGCAUAACCAAAUGUUUAUCGAUUGACAAAAACAGUACAUCAACAGGUCAGCUACAGACACCACAAGGUGCUGAUGGCAACAUUGUGGUCAGCUGCUGUCAACUUGCACUGCAACUGCACUCUGCACACUCCCUGUUUUGUCAGGUCGAUACUCAUAUAGUCUAACCAACAAUGCCACACCUAUAAUUUGCAAAUGCUACAAGUAGGAAAAAGCUGAAGAAUGCAUGUUUCUCUGAAGUAAUCUGUUUUUCUCUUCUGGAUUGUCUUCGACCACAGGACACUCCAGGGCAGCAGGCAGCCAGUCCAUGGCCCAUCUUGAUUGAUAGCAAGCUGCAAGGUUACAUGCAGGAGUGAUUCUCCCCUCUUAUUUCUUAUUCACGUCAUCUAUAUGGAGCAGACUCCUGGAUUUCACUCAAGAUCAGGGUGUUAUUGUGUUUCACAGAUGCACAGCUGACCCAUUCCUUGGAGCUAUGCGGUAAACAUUGGUGUUGCUGCAGGACUUCACCACUCCUUUCGAUAUAAAACUAUAAUUAAUCUAUUCAGCCCAUUGAGUUUGCUCUACUGCUGAUUUUUUUCAGUUUCAUUGCCCCAUUUCCACCGAUGACCCUUAAUCAACUUACCAAUCAAGAACCUACCAAUCUCUGCCUUAAUUACACCCAAUGAUUUGGUCUCCACAGCCCUCAGUGAGAACAAAUACCAUAGGGUCAGCUAAAGAAAUUUCUCAUCUUCACAAUUCUAAAGGGGCAUCCCUUUCGUAGACUCUCCUACUAAGGAAAACAUCCUUGUCCACUCUAUCCAGGCCUUUCAGUAUCAGGUAGGUUUCAAUGAGAUCUCCCCUCAUCCUUCUGAACUCUGUGGAGUAUGGGACUACAGCUUUUAAAUGCUCCUCAUACAUUAAACCUUUCAAGACUGGGAUCUUUCUUCUGAACAUCCUCUGGAUCUGCUCCAGGGCCCAUAUACAUACAGGGACAAAAUUACUGGCACUAUUCCAAAUGCAGUCUGACCACGCCUCAUAAAGCCUCAGCAAUAUAUCCUAGCUUUUAUAUUCUAUUUCUUUUGAAGCAAAUACUAACAUUAUGUUUGCCUUCUUCACUACUGAUUCAGCCUUGAUUAUUUUUCCCUUCAUUUUCCAAUGCUGUCAUUAAAUCUGCUCCCACCACCAUUCUUGACAACACUAUCUGUAUAGCCACAGUAAAUUUUAAUAAAGCGUUUCCUCAUGCCACAUUUAGUUCUAUUGUCAGUUACCUUAAAUCCAGCUCCACUGGUUACUGACCUAUUUGCCACAUGGCAAAAGGUUUUGAGCAUGUCUAUUAGAUCUCACCUUCAUCUUUUGUGCAGGAGCAAGGACAAUCCCAGUUCCUCUAGACCCUUUAUAAACUCACAUUGACUCUGAAGCUUUCAAUACGAAGGAAGGGAAGUUAGUCUAUUGGAAAAAGUACCGGAUACUUGUACGUCACAAAUGUUACUCACCGGUAACCAGCCAAAGUCUUAAAGUUGUGUUUUGUAAUAUAGGAACACUACAGCGAACUGUCAGGACAGCUGAAAAGGACAUUGUCUGCAGUCUACCAUCACAGCAGGAUUGAUAUGUGUCCAGGACAAAGAAGUGGGCAGGAAAAUCAUUGCAGACACUACCUACCCAGCAAACUGCCUUUUCCAAAAGCUCCCUUCUGGAAAGUGCUAUAGGGCUGUUAAAACAAAAAUAUCGCGCCAUCUUAAAAAUUACUCCCUUCAGGCAGUUAAUCUGAUCUAUUUUUCUAGUUAGCCUCCCCCACCUCCCUCUAUCUAUUACCUCAGUCACUGCACUAUAAACGACUUUUUAUAAUGUCAUUUACAUUGAUAAUAUGUGCUGGCAUUUAUGUAUUUAUGCACAUUUUAUUCCAUAUCUGUACUUUAACCUCUGAGUUUAUUUUUAUAUAAUUCUUUAUGAUGAAUGUUGUUUCAGUUGUAUGUCACACCAACACACCACGGCAAAUUCGUAAUACAUGUAAAUGCGGUGGUUGGCACCCACCUCUCUCAAAGGACGAGACAGGUGGGUGAUGAUGAUCAUCAUCACAAGCCUGGGCAGAAGGUAUGAAGAUCCUGAGAUGUCCAAUCAUCAAGAUCCCCCUCUCGGCCUCAUCAGUGUAGUGCUAAGGAAAGCUUAUGAAGCAAUAUGUUUGGCGCCAUGUAAAUGUAUAUGGUGAAUAAAGCUGAUUCUUGAUAUGGACACAGAUCAUGUUAUUGGCUAAGGCUUGCAGUGAUGUCCAUAGUUUGAAAUGAUUGUCCUUCAACAACUGCAACUAUCUGUUUUUCAGGAGUGUUCUGAUUCCAGCCAGGGAAGGUUUUCGCCCAAUUCUGGUUCAGUUUCAUUUGAUCAGACCAUGGUGGUGCUUCAUUUAGUCAAGGAGCAGCUGAGAGAUGCAGUCAGUAAAGCUGCAGUCUCAAAUCUUCAAUGAUCUAGGUUCAGCUCUCACUCCUGGUCUUGUGUGCAGGUGGAACUUGUAUGUUCUGCUGAUCAGCCAUGAUCUUAAUGGCGGAGCAGGCUCGAUGGGCCAGAUGACCUACUCCUAUUUCUUACGUUCACCCCUGGGAGUUCUGCUUUCCUUUCACAUCCAAAGACGUGGGUUAAUUGGCCAUUGUAAACUGCCCCUAAUGUGUACAUCAUUGGUAGGAUCUGGGGAUUUGAUUGGCGUGUGAGGAGAUUAAAAUGGGAUUAGUGCUGGAUUGGUGGGUACUUGAAAAUCAGUUUGGAUUUGGUAGACUGAAGGUCUAGCUUCAUUCUACAUGACUGAUUAACUCAGUAACAUCUGAAGUAAGCACUUAAGUGUCAUCACAAAAAAAAGGCAUGACAGUGCCUCUAUUUUUUUUUAGAAGUUUGCGUAUAUUUGCCACGUCAGCUAAAAGUCUGACAAACUUCCAUGGAUGCACAGUGGAGAGUAUCCUAAUUGGUUGCAUCAUGGCCUGGUGUGGAAACACCAAUACCCAGGAAUGGAAAAGCCUACAAAAAGUGGUGGAUACUGCCCGGUCCAUCACAGACAAAGCCCUCCCCACCAUUGAGCACAUUUACGUGCAGCACUGCCACAAGAAAGCUGCAUCCCCCACCACUCAGACCGUGCUGUCUCCUCACUACUGCCACCGGGCAGGAGGUAUGGGAGCUUUAGGUCCCACAUCACCAGGUUCAGGAACAGUAGCUAUCCUGCAACUAUCAGGCUCCUGAACCAAGGUGGAUAACUUCACUCACCUCAACUCUGACCUGAUUCCAUAACCUGCCGACGCAAUCUACUACUCUUGUUCUCAGUAUUUGUCUUGCACAAUUUGUCUUUGGCACAUUGGCUGUUUGUCGUUCUUUGUGUAUAGUUACUUGUAAAUUCUAUUUUAUCUAUUAUUUUCCUGUAAAUGCCUGCAAGAAAAUUAAUCUUAUGGUAAGUAUAUGGUGAUAUAUAUGUACUUUGAUUAUAACUUUACUUUGAUGUUGACUAUAAGUGGUAUCGAUGUCAAGAACUGUCACUUUAAUCUCAGCAAUGGAAUUCUGCACUGUUGGAUCAAGUUUUCAUGAGGUCUGGAGCCAAGUGGUCCAUAAUCUGUGUAACAUUAGAUGAUUCAUCGGUGUUUAAGCGCAUAGCUAUUGAUCCAUAACAAUACAAGGGCACACAGCACAGCAGAAGUUCAGGUUCAAGUUUAAUUGUCAUUCAACCACACACAUGAAUACAGCCAAACGAAACAGCUUUCCUCCAGGGCCAUGGUGCAAAACACAGUACCAACAGUCACACACAGCACACAGCACAUAUAGUUAUGAUAGCAGAAAGACACAUAGUCAUAACAAAUAAUACAGCUUCAGUCCCUGAGUGUCACGGUUGAUGGUGUACAAGAUGUUAUCCUGGAGCCAUGCCUCUGCAAGAACAAGCCCACAGCAGUCCUUAUGUAAUCCAGCUUGUUUUCCACCGAACAAGUACUAGAAAGCGGCUCCGACCCAGCUAGGCUCCUGCACUUCUGCUCUCUCCCACACUGCCCUUCAUGCCUUCUCCUUGCGAGAUUGCAGCUGGCAACCCUGCAGCAUGAGGGUCUGGUCCGUGCAACAACCGGGGCCAUGCAGCUCCCCCGCCGUCAGUCGCACCAAAGAACCUGUGACUUGGAUUUGCAGUGUUCUACAUUCCCAAUGUCCAACAGGGUCUUGUGAUCACAACAAAACGUCAAAUUCAGCCAUGUGCACCAUUUAUUGGAACCUGCACCGCCUCUAACACAGUGUAGCAGACAGCAACACAGUAUGCCACAAGCCCAGCUCCACCACAACUGAGCAACUCACAACUGAGCGGGGUAGACCAGCAGUAAUUGACAUUCUUAAUAUCCAGUAGUGUCUUGCGAUUGUUAAAAGAGGUGUACACCUUUGUUUGGACCCAGAGGGGCCACUGUGACCAAACAUGCUGCCAUCUUACU